CAUACAGGAGAGAAACCGUACAGUUGCUCAGUUUGUGAAAAAAGAUUUGGAACCAAUCAACGUCUAAAGAACCACACGAUAACUCACACAGGAGAGAAAUCCUUCAGCUGCUUGGAGUGUCCAAAAAGAUUUGGAACUGAGACGCAUCUCAAGAGACACAUGAUGACUCACACAGGAGAAAAGCCUUUCAGUUGCUCAGUUUGUAAGCAAUCUUUUGCACUGAGUGGGAAUUUACAGAAACACAUGAGAAUCCACACAGGGGAGAAACCUUUCAGCUGCAGUGUUUGUGACAAGAGAUUUGCCUGGCGUCUACAGGUCAAAAAACACAAAUGUGUUGGUCGUCAGUCGUCACAGCUUCAUCAGAGUCAAACUGAGGAGAAGAGAGAGGCGGAGCCUCCAGCCAGCAGAGACACUCAACACAUGGAAACAGAAGCUGAUGGAGAGGACUGGGGAGAACCAGAACCAGCCAGGAACUCACAUCCACUUUUACAAUCAGAGGCUGAAGACCAGACUGGAGACCCCUCUGUACCUCAGAUUGAAGGUAGUUAUAAGGAUUUGGAGGAGACCAGAGAACCUCAGUCAGGUUUGAAGUUUUGGAAAAAGGAGGAAGUCCCUGCCAGUGAUUCGACAUGUAGCACUGAUGAAAAACCUUUCAGCUGCUCCGAGUGUGGAAAACGAUUUGCUGCCAAAACAACUCUGAAGAGACACGUCAGAACUCACACAGGAGAGAAACCUUUCAGCUGCUCUGAGUGUAAGAAAUCUUUUGCAGAUAGUGGAAACUUACGGUUGCACAUGAAGAUCCACACAGGCGAGAAACCUUUCAGUUGCACAAUUUGUGCUAAAAGAUUUUUGCACAAGUCACAACUACAGAUACACAUGAUCACUCACACAGGAGAAAAACCCUUCAGCUGCUCCGUGUGCAGUAAAACAUUCACACAGAAGGUACACCUGACCCAGCACAUGGCCCUUCACACAGGAGAGAAACCGUUCAGCUGCAGUGUUUGUGGAAAGCAUUUUAUACGUAAGGGGAACCUGAUGCACCACAUGAGAAUCCACACCGGAGAGAAACCUUUCAGCUGCCGGGUCUGUCACAGAAGGUUUGCCUGGCAUUCACUAGUCAAAACACAUAAAUGUCGUCCUUCCACACAGCUGCAACAAACUCUUGUAAAACCGAUAAAAACAGAAGCUGGAGACCAGACCGGAGACGGUUCUGAACCGGAGACUGAUGACAGUGCUGAUUGGAAGGACAUCAGUCCGGAUUAGUCGGGUUAAAUUUGACCCGUUUUCAGUUUUUUCAUCACAAAAAAAUGAGUCUUCGAAAUGUCAACAUUAGAAAUCAAGUAACUUUGGAAAAAACAGCAAAACAAAGCACCCACAACAUUGAAAAAGUGAUAAAAAUGUCAGAAAAAGCAAUGAUAGUGUUGAAAAAAAAAUGUUUUUCAUGGUUGACGGGAAGACAACACAAGACUUGUCAAACUGCCCCGUUUUUAAGUGUUUUAUAUCAGAAAUCUGGAUUUCUUUCAACCAAAUUGCCCAAAAAUAACAAGGAUGAUUCCAUACAACGUUCUUCAGCUAAAUGAAUCAUUACUUUCAUUGAUUUUUUGGAUUUUACAGCAUUUGAAUUAUUUUUUUUAAUGGUUUCCAACCAGUAUCCGGACUAAACUUCGACAUCUACCCGUCUGAGAUCCUCUCAACAUCCUCUGAUCUU